AUGCAAGGCCCUGAGGUCAUGAAGACUGAAACUCGAACUGAUGCCGAGGAAGGGGGCCUGUUAACUGCAGACGGAACCAAAUCCGCAUCAUAUACUCUCGAAGAUUCGUUUCCAGAAAGCAACUUGGAGAAGGGUAUAGUGGGUUGGGAUGGCCAAAACGAUCCCAAGAAUCCCAGAAACUUUUCGAAGGGUCGAAAGUGGUCGAUCCUGGGUUUUGUCAGUCUCAUGUCUUUCCUUAGUCCCCUUGCAUCAUCCAUGUUCGCACCGGGCGUUCAGUUCAUGGAUGCGUCCUUUCACAACGAAUCCGAGGUCUUGAGCUCAUUGGUCGUCAGCAUCUACUUACUUGGCUACGUUUUUGGUCCUCUUGUCCUUUCGCCGCUCAGUGAAAUAUACGGUCGACGCCCGGUUCUCUUCACCGCAAACUCAAUAUUCGUCGUUUGGCAGAUCGGCUGUGCCAAAGCGCCGAGCUUGGCAUCCCUCAUUGUCUUCCGAUUGUUGGCUGGCAUAGGUGGCUCUGGAUGUCUUACAAUUGGGGGUGGCAUUAUAGGCGACCUCUUCGCCCCAACCGAACGCGGGGCAGCCAUGGCUGCGUUUAGUAUCGGACCCUUGGUAGGUCCCGUCAUUGGUCCCAUUGCAGGGGGGUUUUUAUCUCAGCAGGUCAGCUGGAGAUGGGUUUUCUGGGUUUUACUCAUCGCUUCAGGGACUGCGACGGUGGGCAUCGAAGUCUUCAACACCGAAACCAACCCUGAAGUUAUUAUACAAAAGAAGGCAAAGCUCCUCGCCAAACAAACAAAUAGGCCAGACCUCCGCAGCUGCUAUGAGCAGGACGUAUCUCUAACAAGUUUUGGGAUCAUCAAACGAGGCAUCCUAGUCCCGAUCACGCUACUCUUCGCCACCCCGAUCAGCUUCAUCCUGUCCCUUUAUAUGUCUCUCGUCUAUGGACUGCUAUACCUUCUCUUUACCACUAUCACCGGCGUUUACGAGGUCACCUAUGGCUGGUCACCUCAGUCCAACGACACGACAGUGGUGACCCUCACGCGUAACAAUGGCGGGGUAUAUGAGCCCGAGAUGCGUCUUGCUGCGUGUGGUAUCUUCGCCUUGUUCAUACCCAUUUCAUUUUUCUGGUACGGGUGGGCGGUUGAAAAGCAUGCACAUUGGGUCGUGCCUAUUAUUGGGAUGAUCCCGUUCGGUUUUGGCAUGAUUGGCGUCUUCAUCCCUAUCCAAACGUACAUGGUUGACGCUUUUCACAAAUAUGCUGCUUCUGCCGUAGCUGCAUUAACGGCUAUGCGCUCAUUGUUUGGGGCGUUCCUGCCCUUGGCUGGACCGCAAAUGUACACAACGCUCGGGUAUGGUUGGGGAAACUCGCUUCUGGGGUUUAUAUCCGUGGCGCUGGUUCCAGUUCCAUAUUUGAUAUACAAGUUUGGUGGAUAUGUGAGAAAGAAGCACCCGUUGAAUCUGUGA